UUAAUAGUUGCUAUUUUUAAAACCGUAUUUUAGUCAUUUAUUUUUUAUAUUUUAGGUUGGGUGGCGCAAGGAAGAGAAAUUUUUGAUCAGGCUGAAGAUGGAAGUAUUGCUCAGAUGGAGGUACGAGAAGCAUUUGAUGUAAAUCUGCUUGAUUCAGAAGCAAGGUUCCCCGAUGAAACCCAUCCAGAGUUUAGGACUUCAAUUGUUACUCUUGCAAAUCAAUCAAUCAAUCUUUCUUACAGGAUUUUAAAAGCAUUGUCUCUUCACUUUGGAAAGGAUGACGACUUCUUUGCUAAACAGCACAGGAGAAUAUUGAAAGGUGACAAUGCAUCUGCUUUGCGCUCCUUAUACUAUCCUCCUAUUCUAGGAGAGCUUAAACCAGGAUAUAUCAGAUGUGGGGAGCAUAGUGACUACGGUACAUUUACCCUGCUUUACCAGGAUCAGUAUCCAGGACUUCAGGUUAAAUCAGCUGCUGGCUCAUGGGUGGACGCUGUUCCUAUUCCUCAAACCAUUCUAGAUUUUUUAAUUUCAGUUAAUAUUGGAGACUUACUUGAGAUGUGGACUGCUGGUGAAUACCCAGCAACAAAGCACAGGGUUUUGAUCCCGGACGAGGAGUUGACGAAGACGACUGCACGACAGAGCAUAGUUCUAUUCGUCCACCCAGAUGACGAGGUAGUGGUUGCCCCUCUGACCUCAGCUGACCCCAGGUUCCCACCGGUCACUGCACUAGAGCAUGUCACUAAACGGUUCAGUCAGACAUACAAAUAUUGAGGAAAAAGUCUACUUGUGAAAUUCUAGACAAAAAGUAGAUUAAAUUAUUGAAAAAUG